UAUACGCAACGCGCAUCCCGGCCAACAUAGAUUCAGGCGGAUAUUCAGGCGGAGACGAGGCUAUAUAAGCAGGCGAUGCGCACCGAAAGCCAACAGAUGGUCGCUGACUGUGCACGCGUGUGGUUAUCGGAGAUCAGUAAACAGCCAAACUAAACACCCAAACUUAUUGUAAUAAAAUCGCGUGAAAAAGACGAAAUAAUAAAAAUGCGGCCGCAUAUUUAUUGAGAAUUUUGAGGUGGCCAAACAACGGGGGCCAAAAACUCUUUGGAUCUACACGGAAUUCUGAAUUCUGAGAGGUAUGCCCCGUGACGCGGUGUUUAGUGUUUGUUUUUCGAACAAUGUGCCGCCAUUAAAAAGUGGAAAGCGUGAAGAUUUCGCACGGAACUCGACAUUUACGAGCAUUUUCACCCUGCCCCAAAAGUGGGCCGCGGAAAAUAUGCUAAUUGCUUGCCGGACGCUCGGCAGUUGUCGGUAUUUAGUAUGAUUAUUCUCCCGAACGCGCCUCAAUGAAUCUGAAAUGCAAGUUGCGAAUUAAUCGAAAGAAAAUAUUAUUCCGCCGCGAGUCUCCCGGAAAAACAAAUCUUUUGAGUCUGUAAUGCCAUGUGACGUGUGCGGGCAAGGCAGAAAUCAUAAUUUAACGAAACUACGAGGCAGUUAAUGAGCUCAGGAAACUGAGGGAAAGCCGAUUCAGCUGAGUUCCAUUCGAUGGAAAAUUAAUGAAUGUGCAUCGCGCGUAAUGAGAUGUAAACGAGUGCUGCAGCCCAACACAAAAUUCGGAAAACCGAAAAGCAAUUUGCUUAAUGGCAUUAUUAAUGGACUCUGAAUAAUGAAGCAGAUUUCCAGCCAUAUAUUGAAGCCAUAUUUAGUGCAUUAAAGAAAAAUACUGACAAGAAUAUUGCGGCAAUUAUAAUUAUGAAGAAUUAACCAUCUGAGGCCAAACGAAUUGUGCACGCAAAUAUACGUAUGUGAAAUAAUUAAGCCACAGCUUUCGUUGAAUCCACUUUCUGCUUUACGUCUGCGAACUUUAAUUAAGAAUUACAACGGCACAUUUUCCUUUAAAGCAGUUCAACCUUGACAUAAGCGACCAAACUUCAUUAUAAAAUUAUUUCGCAAGAAGAUUAUCUUAAUAAAAUACACACUUAAAUAAUAUUUUUAAAUCGGUUAAGUAAUUAUUUAUUUAUAACUUCUAUUUGGACAAUAAGAAGGCAGCUGCUGUAAAACAAUAAAGCCAUGCUGUGUGGUGCAAUUGCGUAGACAGUGUAAUCCAAAAGAAAAGCCGUACUUUGUUAAAGUUAAAUGAAGUUCAUGUGAACCGAAAAGUCCCCUCUCAGACUGCCGAGUCAAUUUAAACUCAGUUCAGCCGAAAGGGUUUGACGCGCAACUGAGCAUGGCUUAACUGGGGAAGAAACCACCUCAAAGUGCGCCAGAAUCUGGAAAAUGUUCCAAAAGUUAUGCAUACCAAUGCAUGCAAAACUGGAACCCCCGAAGGCACUUAAAAACUGCAACCAUCUUGUGCAAACUUUUUAACUUGAGGCCCGUGUGUUUGUUGCACGGAGGAUUAAGCUGUGUCCCAAACUUUGCUCUAUCUCGAGAAUUUUUGAGGCAUUUAAUUAAGUUGAUUAUGCUGACAAGCAGCUUGGCUGAGCGGAUUAUAGGCUAGAUGUACGCACCCCUUUAACGAAAGCAUCCAUUAGCAGAAAUGUUUUUAUUUCUUAUAAUUUCAAGACGGGAAAGACAACAGCGAAGUCCCGUGAGUGCACUUCAAAUUGGAAACUAAAUGAGCAACUGCUGCUGUGGCAGCCACAAAAACAGAGAGUCACUCGUGUCACACGCAGGCGGAAAACAACAGCCGACGGCCAGGAAGAACAAUACGAUACUACGUACUAGCAUAUAUAUCCCCAGGGCGGAGGAGAUUGCCAGAGCGAUACGAUGAUAAUCAGCAUGAACCAGACGGAGCCCGGCCAACUGGCUGCCGGGGAGCAACUGGGUGGCUAUGCCAGCAGCAGCAACAGUGGCCGCUAUCUCGACGACCGGCAUCCCCUGGACUACCUGGACCUGGGCACGGUGCACGCCCUCAACACCACGGCCAUCAACACCUCGGAUCUGAACGAGACUGGGAGCAGGCCGCUGGACCCGGUGCUCAUCGACCGCUUCCUAAGCAACAGGGCGGUGGACAGCCCCUGGUACCACAUGCUCAUCACCAUGUACGGCGUGCUGAUUGUGUUCGGAGCCCUGGGAAACACUCUGGUGGUCAUAGCCGUGGUCCGAAAGCCCAUUAUGCGCACUGCCCGCAACCUCUUCAUCCUAAACCUGGCCAUAUCGGAUCUACUUCUGUGCCUCGUCACCAUGCCGCUGACCUUGAUGGAGAUCCUGUCCAAGUACUGGCCCUACGGCUCCUGCUCCAUCCUGUGCAAAACGAUUGCCAUGCUGCAGGCACUUUGCAUUUUCGUGUCGACAAUAUCCAUAACGGCCAUUGCCUUCGACAGAUAUCAGGUGAUCGUGUACCCCACGCGCGACAGCCUGCAAUUCGUGGGCGCGGUGACGAUCCUGGCGGGGAUCUGGGCCCUGGCCCUGCUGCUGGCCUCGCCGCUGUUCGUCUACAAGGAGCUGAUUAACACGGACACCCCGGCCCUGCUGCAGCAGAUCGGGCUGCAGGACACGAUCCCGUACUGCAUCGAGGACUGGCCGAGUCGCAACGGGCGCUUCUACUACUCGAUCUUCUCGCUGUGCGUCCAGUACCUGGUGCCCAUCGUGAUCGUCUCGGUGGCCUACUUUGGGAUCUACAACAAGCUGAAGAGCCGCAUCACCGUGGUGGCCGUGCAGGCGGCGUCCGCUCAGCGGAAGGUGGAGCGCGGGCGGCGCAUGAAGCGGACCAACUGCCUGCUGAUCAGCAUCGCCAUCAUCUUCGGCGUCUCCUGGCUGCCGCUGAACUUCUUCAACCUGUACGCGGACAUGGAGCGCUCGCCGGUCACCCAGAGCAUGCUGGUGCGCUAUGCCAUCUGCCACAUGAUCGGCAUGAGCUCCGCCUGCUCCAACCCGCUGCUCUACGGCUGGCUCAACGACAACUUCCGUAAAGAAUUUCAAGAACUGCUCUGCCGUUGCUCAGACACUAAUGUUGCUCUUAACGGUCACACGACAGGCUGCAACGUCCAGGCGGCGGCCCGCAGGCGUCGCAAGUUAGGCGCCGAUCUCUCCAAGGGCGAGCUCAAGCUGCUGGGGCCCGGCGGCGCCCAGAGCGGCACCGUCGGCGGCGAGGGCGGUCUGGCGGCCACCGACUUCAUGACCGGCCACCAGGAGGGCGGACUGCGCAGCGCCAUCACCGAGUCGGUGGCGCUCACGGACCACAAUCCGGUGCCCUCGGAGGUCACCAAGCUGAUGCCGCGUUUGGAACAGUACUAAAUUGGCAAUCAAUCCUGGAGCAGCGGGCGGCUGGAGCGGCUUUCGAGUGAUGCGACUUUCAAUUCGCUCUUAGAAUUUACUGAAAAUACAUAUUGUCCAGUGAUCCAAAGCCAAGCUGAGUUACACCUAAGUUAAGAGACACAACGAGUAUAUAUCUCGCAGCCUGUAAUCUAUUCCUAAACGAGCAUCUCAUCGCAUCCACCAUCAACGUCGGACUAAGUCUAUGGUUUGAUCACUUUCAUAUCGAAUGCCGGAAAGUAAUUGAUUGAGCCCCCAAUUGGAUUUCGGGUAUUUGAUAAGUCGAAUACGCCUAAGACAUCGAAUAAGUUCCCCUCAAACAGUUCCUAGGAAAUAUUUCUUUCUCUCAUAGCUAUGUCUUUAUAUCAUAUAAGAUUAGGAUUAGCCAUAAUUGAUGUUUUGUUUGCUAUUCACUAAUAAUAGGAUAACUUGAAAUUCACGAAAGUGAAUUUACAUAUUAGUCCAUAAUUGUAAAAGAUAACUUUAAAAUAAAUGUCAGCAGCUCUAAAAACAUCCUAAGGCAAACUGUUUUAAUGUCUGCUACACGAAUACUAAAAAAUAUUUUAAUAAAUGUUGUUUACAAGUCCUGCA